AUGUGGGAGGAGGCACGGCGAGAACAGAUCCGAGGCAAGAAGCACGCAGUGCGAACGGCGACGUUGGAGUUGUUGGACUUUAAACACGUGUGUGAUUCGAAGAGUCGGAUGGAGGGUGACUUGGAGGCGAUGUUACGGCGAUUGCAUCGGUACAAGCAGCAGUUGGGUGAGUGGUUGUGCAUGACGGAGUUACGACAGCAAGCAGCUGAGUUGCGAGAUAUCCGGAAACAGAUCGAGUUGCGAUAUAAGAGGGGACGAGUGUUCUACUGUCGAGGUCUUUCUAGUGAGGAUCAUGCGGACGGUGAUCUAUCCUCCGAACAGGCCGAGCAAUCUGAGUGGGUCAAGGGUUGUCUUGCACGGUUAAAGGAUCAAAUGCGCAAGUGGGAGGCUGAAGUGAGUGUGCUGAGCAAUAAGAGUUCGCCGGCAGGCAAGAAUUCGCCCGGUGCUCGACGGAAGACUCCAACGCCCAUGGCCGAAAGCGAACGGCUCUCACGGAAGUGCCAACUCGAAGCCUUUGCCGCACUACACACAAUACAUCUCGAACAUUUGGAAAGAGUGCUCGAAGCCAUAAUGAACCACGGCUACCGAAUACCUUCAGACAUUCUACCAGAUAUCAAAGACCAACUGCACCAGUACCUUGACGGAAACGACGAACUUCAAUUCGUCGUCGCCGAUGAACUCUACGUCAAUCUGGACCUCCCCGUCUCCCUUGACCAGGACGACGACGACGAGGACGAACAGGACGACGAGGACGAACAGGACGAUGAAGACGACGACGACGACGACAACGACCAGUCUACAGACUCCGACUCCCG